GCUACCCAUAUCUGAAUCGAUUUUAUAUAUACAUAUAUCGAAACAAACAAAAGCCAUGAAAAGAACAAGACACUACAAAGGAUACCUAUAUUGCCGCCACAAAAGCCACAUGUUGUGAUCUUCACCAUGCAUGAAAUCCUUCCCGGGACCAACGAGGAAGAAAACAUCAUCAGCCCAUCAAUCCAAGUCCAAGUGUGACCAACCACCAACCGUUCAUUUAUCAAUUCCAUCACUCCAAACACGCGCCCGGAAUACGAAUAGAAUCAGCCAGUCGGCCAGUCAGUCAGUCAAUCAAUCAAUCAGUCAGUCAAUCAAUCAAUCAUAGUCAAAUCGCCCAUCCAAGACCUUUUCAACCUUUUCCUCUGCACAAACACAAACACAAACACAAACAGCAUCAUACUUCACCUCAUACCUCGUCCAUCACCCAACAUCGUAUGCGCAUUCUUAAACAAAAUCGGCCAUCUACCCAACAUAUCUACAACAAAUCUACAACAUUUCUACUCACGGGAACUCUCCCAUGAUCAUAAAGUCUUAAAAGCUCCCCUGCUUCAUUCCGGACGAUCCUGGUCGCGUCUUAGACCUCUUUUCUUGCCCUGCGCUGCUGGUCUCGCCCAUCGUCCCUCCCUGCUACUUGAUAUCUCUUGUCGUUCAUUCUUUUCGCAUUAGCUGUGUUGGUGCUUCCAUCCGUGGAGAAUAAUCUGAAACACUUCUCUUCUCACAAAACACGACGAGACAGUUGCAGGACGGCUGAACACUCGCUCAGCACAUACUCUCACACUCACACUCACACACACACACACAUACACAUACACAUCCAUGUCCUUGCCCCUCAUUCAUCAUCACCCAUAGGUAAACCCAAUUUGAUCAACGCGCGCGCCAGUUUUAUACCAUUUUUAUACCAUUUCUAUAUUGUAGCUGAAGCUGGGAAGGGAUAUACAAACAAUCACAUUGCCACCAUUAUCAUAUCGAUCCUCUUGAAUUUUGACUCUUUUCUCUUCUCUCUUCUCUCUUCUUUCCUCUCUCUGCUCUCGUCUUGACUUCCGCCAUUUGAUCUCUUCUCUCUCUUCAUGAUCAUGUUUACUAUCAUUAAAUAUCUUCAGUCAUCCGUAUUAUCAAUUCAUGCACUCCAUUCAAUUGUUUUCUUCAUCGGGCAUUGAUCAUUCGUUAUCGCACAUCGAUACACUAUCGUAGCUACCCAAGAUAUCUAGAUCUCUGCUGAGAUAUGGCUACGAGAUACAAAAUACCAACAGUUGAAUCAAUAAUCGAAGAUUCCGAAGAUGAAUCAAGGGACAAUGUAAGGGGUCCUGAACGAGAAUUCCAGAGUAGCAUCACCCGUCGUCAACAUCGAUCAAUUCACGAUUCCACCAUGUCUUCUUCACCCACAAAAGCAAAUACCAGUAGGGAAAGAGAUAGAUCCAGAAAGAUGCAUAAAUCUACUUCCAGUGGCAACAGACAUUCUGCAUCAAAACCAAAACCUAAUAAGCAUGCAAAUGCGAAGCGCGCAAGUGGAUCAUCUUCAAAAGGAAAUGCGAUGGAGGGGCAACGUCUUCGUCAAAGGCCUGUACAACGGAUCCGAGAUGCAAGUUCAUCAUCGUCGUCAUCGUCAAGCUCUUCGGAUGAAAAUGAGAAUAUUCCUAAUCACAAUUCGGUCCUUGCUGCGUCAAGAGCAAAAUUAACUUCACCAUCUAUGAUAUCCAAUUUAACAUCUUUGACUACGUCGACAAAUAAAUCUAGUAGCUCAAGUGGAAGUAACUCAACAGUAACUCAAGCUUCGAUUACGAAAGGCUUCUCGGUGGGAAGAGAAGUUGAGAGUAAAGAGGAAUCUUCAUCGCUAGCGGUACCAUCUCCUCCAAAUGUGUUUGCCUAUCUGCAACAGGACUCCGACUCCGACGAUGGAGAAGAUGCGCAAAAGAAAACAGAGGGGCAAAACGUGGAGACACAAGACGAUACCUCGAAAUGGUUGAUCGACCAUGGCGAUAAAUGUUUCACCCCAAUAUCACGUCCACAUACUCCUGAGGAACAUCCAAGUGGCCCUUCAUCCGUAUCAAGCAGUCUUCACAGUGACGAUUUCUCGGCACCAGAAGCCGAUAUCGACACAGAUAGGAGCACAUCACCGGAAAGAAGUGUUAAUGGUCGAGAAAAUCUACGAGUCACCACGAUCUCAAAAGAUGCGUCUGUCAAAUUAGCGUCCCAAAUGGCAGCUGCCAAUCAACGACAAAAUUAUUACGGAGCAGCUCCAUCAUUUGGAACACCAAAAUCCCAUCAUCGCACAGACAGUAAUCCACUCUCUCCCGCUGAUCUUGAAACACCCCGUAAUCCACAUCCACCCAAGCAUUCACUCCAAUCUCAGAUUGAUCCUACCAUCACAGGCUAUGAACUUCUUGCUUCUCGCUUAUCAGCAUCCUCUCAUUCCGGUUCUGAUACAGUAGUAGAAGAUCGUAUCAAGCCCAUGUAUCGAAAAUUCGAAGCGCUCAAUCAUCGUCUUCUCCUUCAUCUUCAAGAUGAGAUAAGCGAACUCGAAGAACAAUUGCAGAGAUUGGAUAAAGCCGAUACGGAAUCUCGAAGGCUACGACACACUGGUAAUGUUAAUAUAGGGGUGGAUGUAGUUCCUGCAUCGAGAAGAGCAAGUGAACAAAUGGGUGGUGAUUUACAAUGGCAUAAGAUGGAUAUUCUGGGGAGGAUCGGUUACAAAUUGGCUCAAUACAAUCAAACUCUAACCUCGUUCCACUCUCUUCAAUCACUUCCUCCCGCUUCUCAACCAGACAUUAGUCAUUAUCGCGAAUACCUUCAAACCGUCCGUCCCAUAACCGAAGCGGAAACAAGAUUUCUAGAUCCCAAAGUCGAAGAUGAUUUAGUUUCAGUUGCUUCUGGUUCUUCUGGUUUGAGAAGUCAAGGUCGCCAUCGAAAUGGAGAUCAAUUUAUUCGUCAUAAACGUUCAUUACCAUCUUCGAUAUCGGAUAGUAGCGAUGAUGACCAUCCGAUUAAGAGAACACCUACCAGUAGCGCUGUCGACUCACCUCUUCACCCGCCACCUCAUCUAGCGAAUGAUCAUCUUGGAGUCGAAAUUCCAAUUUCUCACGCAGAAGAUUUUCCCACGUUGGCAUUUGCAAUAGCUUUUAGUAUUUUCAUACCCAUCCUGACUUUCGCAACUAUCCCUACAUUCCUGGGUAGAAUGACGGUGGUUUGUUUGGUGGGAUCCGGUAUCGUAGGCGCACUGGUACAAAGUGGAUUUAUAGGUCUAAAUGAUGUUAUUGAAAGUAUCAAGGGUUUGAGGGGCUCGCAAAGAAGAGAGGGAUUAGUUUGUGUAGGGGUUUAUUUGGGGUGUAUGGGGGUACUUGCGGGGGUUGUUGGGUAAUAACUUCUCUUGUCUCUCUGCUGGGAAGGUAGAGGAUGUUGUGAUGUUAUAUUCGAGUUCUUGCGGUUAUUCUGGAUUUGUCGAAUCUUUCGAAUUCAACAUCCUUUCGCUAGGAGUUCAGUAAGGGAAGAUGAGAAGUCUUCAUAUGUGGGGUUCUGUGUUGGAGUUUCAUUCGGUCUAGAUUUUAUUUUCUGGGUUGGGUUUCGUAUCGGCUUCUUCACUUUUCUUGAUUCUGGUUCGUUUCGUUUCGUUCUCGGUUUUCUCUGUUCACUUGGCUCGGUUCAUUCGGUUCACUCGGUUUUCACUCACGUAUUCAUGAUACCCUUUCUUGCACUUAUGUAUCUUUUUGCGCUUUUCUUUUGGGAAAUGAUGAUCGGGCGCUAUGGAUCUUGGGUUCUGGGAAUACUCUGUUUUAUGUUAUUUUCUAUUCCAUUUCCUUCCCCUCUUCUUCGACUUCGACUUCGACUUUAACAUCGACUUCGACAUGGAAUACCUCGAUUUGAUUGCACCUUUUGAGAUUUUCGGUACAGGGAAUAUGGUUUUUACGAUUCUAUACUAUACUAUACUGUACUGUGUUAUGUUAUGUUACGCGGUGUUAUGUUGUACUAUGCGAGGAUAUCAGAGUACGUACGAGAGGGAGAUACUUUACACUUGUGCUUGUGCUUGCGGUUGCGGUUGCGGUUGCGGUUGCGGCUGCGGCUUGUGGGUGUAUUCUUAUAUUCUGUAUUGUACUAUACUGUACUGUACUGUACUUUACUGUAUCAUCUCGGGUAUCUGUAUCGGGGUUGUGUUUUGGUUUGUUUUGUUUUGGUUGGUGAAUGGAUGGAUGGAUGGAUGAGCAUGAGUAUUAAUUGUGAUUAUGAUUAUGUACCCUGAGAAUUCAGGGUUGGGAACUGGGUAUUGGGAAUCAGGAUUUUGAAAUUGAAUCGUAUCGAAUUGUAUCGCAUCACAUGGAAUUGUAAAUGUGAGUUGAACUUGAACUGGGUGGGAUUUGAAUUGGCAUUUGCAUUUGAAUCAGUAUCUGCACCCAUGUUGAAUUGGAAAACUUGGAUUUGGAUUUGUGAAUUUCGAUAUGUGUAUAUGUAUGUGUGUGUGCAUAUAUUAUUAUAUUAUAGGACACUCAGUUCAGUCUAAUUCAAUCCAAUUCAAUCUACUCUAAUCCA